AUGCGCAACGACGCCACGGUGCAAGGCAUGAUCCUCAAGGCGGACGAGAUCAUCUUUCGGCAGCUGCUUGUUCAGCUGGACGGGAUGAUCGGCGACGAUGUAUCGGACCAGAUGGUGCUCGGAUUGAAGACGCUGGCGGGCAUGAUGGCGGACCGCAUGGAGGGUCUUGUGACCGAGGCAUUGCCAGAGCAUAGCAAGACGGCCAAGGUGCAGGCAUCGCAGAAUAUGGCGCAGAGUCUGGAGCAGGUCGCCGAGGUCUUUGAAGCGGUCAAGGCAUUUAGAGAGGCAUCGUCUCUCGACAGCGACAGCGAUGUUCUCAGCCGCUCGCUCAGCCCCCGCUCUCGACAGUCUUCUGCGCAUGCCGGCUCACAGCACCUUGAGUCGUCCUCUGCCGACUCCUUUCCUUCUUCCGCAGCCGGUGCCGCCAGCACUUCCUCCCUCUCCCUCGGUCUGCGCGGUCCGGCUAAGGUCACCAGUCUGCCCUACGACAGCCGCUCACGGUCCAAGACGCCCACUCCUCUCGGUUCCCUUCCUCUGGCCAACCUUCGACUUCGUCGCCGAGACAACUUCAUCCGCAGCGUCAACCAAGACUCGCAGCCCACUUGGGGUCGAAGUCUGAUGCACAGUCACCGCGAUCCAUCGUCGUCGUUCGAAAGCGACUUCUCUUCCAGCACCAUCGAGGCGAUGCCCAACAUUCUGUACGCGCCUCUGGCGAAGAAGGCGUCAAGGUCGAGAGUAGCUUCGGACGGAAGCGGAAGCAUCAGUCUCACGUUUGGCAGUCUGGCGCUAGCGAUGCCGCCCAACUCGAUGACUCAGGCGAGCAGCACCAUCGUGCCGUCGACUCUGGCGGCGGACUGGACCCCACGCCCGGCCAAGAUUGAGAUGCAAGACUGA